ACACUCACCUGUCCAUUACACACUCACUGUCAAACCACACAUGACAUUGCACACUUACACCUCUGUUUUGCCUUGUUUGUUUUGUUUUCUCCUCUUCAAGGUCUGUGUCAGUCUAGGUUCUAGAUCUCCCUCACCGCGCCAAAACAUGUCUCGCACAACAGACUCUAUUGGCCACUGGGAAGACCUCGAGACAUGGCUAAGUGUUGCAACAGACAGCCUCCUACCUAAGGCUGCUGAAACACUGAGGCAUCAGACACAGGACCAGUUGGAUGACAACAUAUCAAGCCUUAUGAGACAAGACCCAAGUCAGAGCUACAGUCACAAAGAACUAGCCAAGAUCACUGGCUCCUUAUGCCGCACACUCAUCGCCACCCUCAAGCUGAGCGACAGAGACGCUGCACACCUCCAGCAGGAGCUGACACGCGCACAGCAAAGCAUUGAGCAGCUAGAACUGGAGGCUCAGGAACGACGGGAAGAGCCCGAUGAGGUGGAACAAGGCACAGAGGAGGAGAUCACUAGGCUAAAAGAGACCCUAGCAGCUACUACCCAAGAAAUGGAACAAGGCAAGGCAGACUACGCUGAUCUCUCCAACAAGCUACAGUAUGCAGAACAGCUCCUGGAAAAGGCAAAGACCGAUUUCAGAGACAAGAAUAGCAGAAUUAAAGCCCUUGAAACUCACCUGGAUGAGUCGAGAAAUGAGAUCAGCCACCUAACACAACAGCUGGACUACAUCAAAGAGGAGUCCGACAGUGUCAGAGAGGAACUCAGACAUGCCUACGAGCUGUGCCCUGAGCCAACAAGGACACGACGGGCACCAGUCUCACCCCUGCCGAGCAGGACCGAGUCUUCCUGA